UUACCACAUGGGGAGCUAUAAAUUGUAGGACUUUUGGGUGCGACAGCUUCAGUUGCUUUGCUCAUCACCAUGAAGUGGUUGCUCCUGCUUGUUGGAGCGAUCGCCGCGUCCGCCCAUUUGCUGCCCGAAGUACCCAAUAGUAUUGAUUACACACAAGACGAUAAAUCUUUGUCCGAUUUGGCAGAUUCCCUGGCGACAGUCUUUGAAGAGGAAUACCAUAAUUAUUUGAAGACAAAUGUGGAAACUGCGAGAUUUCAGCAACUCACAACGACGCUGGCCAAGAUGCAUAGUAAAAAGGAUAUAUUCACCAAAGAUUUACCUGAUCUGGAACCGAGGGAUCAGUUUUUGACUUGCACUCUAUGCCGUUCGGUUGUCAAUGUCUUUGCGCGCACCAUACGUGAGGAGGAGGACGGCCAGUUAUAUGGCAAAAAUAGUACAGAGGUGAUGCAGGGCUUUGCCAUGGAUGUUUGUCGACGCCUGGAACUACAAACGGAGGAGGUGUGCGGCGGCCUGAUCGACUUUUACAUCAACACAGUCGAGUACGUCAUGCGGCAUUCAGAGAUUGAUUCGCAGAAUUUCUGCUCGCUUUUCAUGAAUUACAACUUCUGCAAUACGGGCAAGAAUCCCGACUACAACUGGACACUAACGGUGAAUAGCGAGGGUGAGCCCAUCAGUGGUUCCAAGUCGGACACUCCUGUCCAAAGUGAGACUGAUCUCAAGAUUUGCCAUUUUACCGACAUUCAUCACGAUCCUCUGUAUGAGCCGGGUAGCCUGGCGUCCUGCGAUGAGCCGAUGUGCUGUCAGCGCCACAAGGACACGGCCGAGUCUACUGGAGCCACGGCUGGCUAUUGGGGCGACUAUCGCGAUUGUGAUUUGCCGUGGCAUGCCUUCGAGUCUGCACUGAAACAUGCGACAAGCAAUGUGAAAUGCGACUUUGUCUAUCAGACUGGCGAUAUUGUCGAUCAUAUGGUCUGGAGUACGUCCGUGGAAAAGAACGUUGGUGUGUUAAGUAAAGUGACUGAUCAACUGGCGUCAGCUUUUGAUGGUGUGGGCAUUUAUCCGUGCAUUGGCAACCAUGAGCCGCAUCCACUUAAUCUUUUCAGCCCCGAAGACGUUCCUGAUAAUAUCAACACUAAGUGGCUGUACGAGGAGCUGUACAACGACUGGUCCCGCUGGCUACCAGAGGAUACCAAAGAGACUAUACUGAAAGGUGGAUACUAUACCGUUUCGCCACGUCCUGGUUUUCGUAUAAUUGCUCUGAACAGCAACGAUUGUUAUACCGACAACUUUUGGUUGUACUAUAGUGGCAGAGAUAAAAUUCCACAAUUGGAGUGGUUCCACGAUGUUCUUCUGGCUGCCGAGCGUGCUGGCGAGCAUGUCCAUAUUUUGACUCAUAUCCCAGCGGGCGAUGGCACUUGCUGGUCUGUUUGGGCUCGCGAGUACAAUCGCUGCAUAACACGCUUCCACAAGACUAUCAGCGGCAUUUUCAACGGCCACUCCCACAAGGAUGAGCUAAAUGUACAUUAUUCCGAUGAGGGCUAUGCUACAGCGGUCGCCUGGAACGGUGGUGCAUUGACCACCUAUAGCAAUAAGAACCCCAACUAUAGAGUCUAUGAUGUAAAUGCUGAGACUUACGAUGUGACCAAUCAUUACACCUUCAUCUACAAUCUGACUGAAGCCAAUUUGAAUCCGGAUGCUGAGCCAAAUUGGUACCAAGAGUACCAAUUUGCGGAGGAGUUCACCACAGAUACUAGUCCUGCGGGCAUGGACAAGUUGCUGGAGAAUAUGGCAGACAACCCCCAGCUAUUGCGCAAGUACUGGCGCUAUCGUGUCACCUCUGCGGAUCCACAACUAAAUACGGGCUGCAAUGACAACUGCCUGGCAUCGGUGCUUUGUCGUGCUGCUGUGACAGUAAAUGAUCGUCGGGAACGUUGUGAAGAGUUGAAGGAACGCCUAUUCAUAGCCUUGGAGAAUGAAAGUACGAGCACCACCACACCUAGCCCCAAACCUGAAGAUGAUGGAGCGACAGCCCUCAGCACAUUAGGCAUUUCGGCUUUGCUGACCUUGGUACUAGCCUUGAGGCUUACUAGUUUUUAGACAACGCAAGACUUGAAUUUAUAUGCAGCUUUUAAAGUUACAUAACACAAUCUAAAACUUUUGAAAAAUAUAAAAAUAUGCCAAUCAACGUGAUAUUCUAUAAUCUGGUUAAGCAUAACGAAUCGUUUUGCACCGCUUUAGCCAUGGCCUCUACUUGCGACUUAUCUGCGAAAAUAAUAAUAUUUACUGAAAUUAGCUAAGUCGUGCUAUAAAGCCAUAAACGGGCUGAUAUAUUGUACCAACUAAUAAUAAUCAAUAAAAGUGCCGAUUUGCCAAUUAA